UGCGCUGGCGCUGCACCGUGGACAAAUUCAAAACUAAAGCACAAAAAUACAUGUAUAUAUAGAUAUAUUGUGUUGUAGAUUGUAGUUCUAACCUAAACGAGCCGCCAGCAGCUUACAUCUCAAUAGAGUUCAUGCUAAACUCUAUGCUAAAAAGUUUAUUUUUUGGUGUAUUUCUCCUUGCCAACUAAUUGAUACGAAGAUAAAUUAAAAUAUAACAAGAUGUCAGUUUUUCGACUUUUUAGUUUUAGUAACAAUAGCGUUAAAAGUUGCCGAAAUCUUUUAUGCUCAAGCUUUUUAGAACAGCGAGCUCUCAUUUCUGGUAAAACCAUCAAGCAGUUAGGUAUUCCUACACCUCCAAAACGACCAUGCACUCCAUACAUCAGAUUUUUUCAAAAUAUAAGGCCAAAGAUAAAGGAAAAUAACCCAGACUUGAACCCAAAGGAAUUAGUUAAAGUGGUUGCUCAAGAAUGGGCCAAAUAUGAUCCAGAAAAGAAAAAAUUGUUGCAAAAAGAGUUUCUUUCCGAGUUGGAGGUUUAUCUUAAAAAUUUUGAAGCUUAUAAACAAAGUAUAACACCAGAACAACAAAACCUUAUCAAUAGUACGAAGGAAAAAGAAAAGCAAGCUAAAGAACAAGCUCGAAUUCAUAGUAAAAAAGAGAGCUUGGGUAAACCAAAGAAACCACCAACUGGUUUUCUAAAAUUUUUGAUGGAAAGAAAGUCACAAAAAGAUGAAAGUUUAAAAUAUACUGACUGGGUGAGACAAUUAGCACGAGAAUGGGAAAUGAUACCAGAAGAGAGGAAAGACCAGUACAAAGAAGAAACUAAAAUUGCCUUGGAUAAGUAUAAAUCAGAUAUGUUAGCUUGGGAAGAAAGUAUGAUUAGACAAGGACAUAUUGAUGUUGUUAGAAAUAAAGAACUUCUUGAGAUUUCAUCGACUAAGAAGCAAUCAAGUAAAACUACUGCAUGAAGUUCAGUAUUUUGUACAUGAUUUUUAAUAAUUAUGAUUAUGACUGAAUGCUCAUACACAAAUUAAAUACUUUAAAAUAAAUUUAUAUAAAAUAAUAAA